CAGAGGGGAGGAGAGACCUGAUUGGCUGCGGCUAAACUGAAAGCGAAAACCUCUUUUCUGAAAGCCUGCGAGACAGUUGAUGGUGUGUGUGUAUUUUAGGCGUGACUCCAAAGCCUGUCCUCCAGUGCUCUCCCUGCCUCAUAUCUCUGCUGACCCAAGGAUAAGCUCAUCAGACGACAAUGGCUCCACUCGAGACAGAUGCAUCCCCCCUCUCAGAGAUGGCGUGCGUCGGUGCUGCUCGUGCGUCCGGGGCCUAACAGACCCCCCCCCCUUGCUAUACCCGGAUUUGCUGCAUAUUCCUCGGGUGUCUCCCCUCACCGUGUCCUCCACCCUUGUUGCCCUUAUUGCCUCUGCUCUGCCCCUACCUUACCCCACCUCCCUGCCUGUGCGGGUGUCUGGGAGUCGGGCCCUUGGGGGGGUCGGAGGGAUCGUGCGUCGCUGAGGGAGCUGUGCGGAAUUAGCUAUGCCUUGCCCAGGCAUCCUUUGACCGGCUGGAUUUCUCUUUUUCUGUCCGCCUGCGUACCGAAAGGACAACGUAGGAUGAAAAUCUGCAAUCAUGAUGCAAGGACUGAAAAAUCGAACAAGGAAAGCCCUGGGCUUACGAAAGAAAGAAAAGGAUACAGACACGAGUUCACCCGACAAAGAAGGAAGUGGAAGCGGAAAGAAAGGAAAUAAAAAGGCAAAUGGAGCACCGAACGGGUUCUACGGGGAGAUUGACUGGGACAGAUAUGCCACUCCUGACGUGGAUGAAGAGGGAUUCAGCCUCCGGCCGGGCGAUGAGGGAGAUUCAGCCUCCAAGGGAAAGCAGUUUUUCUCCUCCAGUGACUCAGAGGACGACGAGGACGAGAGCAAGAAAAAGUUCAAAAUCAAGAUCAAACCGCUGGUGUCGGACAGCGCCAAGUGUGUCCCUCCAUCUAUGGACGAGCUGAAAGCCUCAGUGGGAGGCCUGGCACUGUCUCCGUCUCUGAGGAGAAGUCCGAGACGCAGCCCGGGGCUGAUAAAAAGAAACUUGUCUUGUGAAGAGAUUGCCAGACCGAGACGAUCUACACCAACACCAAGUCCUGCACCUGACACGCCGAGUGACAGACUAUCACAGAAUGCUCCUGCCUUUUUCGGGCUGCCUUCAGAGACCAAAUAUGCCAGAUAUGAUGUGGUCCCUACAGAACUUUGGGGAGACUCGAGACAUCAUUCAGAAUCACCGCUGAGCAGAAGUUUCCCCACAGGAGCUCCUCCUCCUCUUCCCCCUAAAAACAUUCCAUCAAGAAGUCAUUACGGCUGUCCCUCUGACUUUGUUGCUGAUCUACCCAAUGGAAGAGCAGCUCGUAGCUCCGCCCCCAUCUACCUGAACGUCCUGUCCCCAGCUUCCUACAGAGGCUCCCCGGCCCCUGACCUGGACGAUGUUUUCGGCCCCUCGGACAGCCCUCGCACCAGCGAGGAAUACGUUUCACCUCGAUGGGUUACUUUCAAUGAAGACAGACCGCCGCCACCUGACGAACUCCCUCCCCCGCCUCCACCAGACUCCCCUGCACCGGACACGCCCUCCUCCACCCCCUCCACUCCCUGCGACUCCCCAGGACCCCCUCCAGAUGAACCCCCGCCUUCGCCUCCACCCUUUUCCCCUGGGUCUCCUCCUCCUUUCUCCCCUCCAGACUCUCCCCCCUCCAUCGUGCUCGGACCCCCUCCUCCAGAUGAACCAGCCCCUCCGCUUCCUCCCAACUUCUCCCCCUGCCACUCGCCUCCGAUGUGCCUGGACGAGGACGCCAUCGAUGAGGAGGUGCUGCAGUUUGCUGAGUAUUGCUCAUCCCCCGCCCCCAUCAGCCCCGUGCCCCCUCUGCCAGCAGAGCGGAGGUCUCCUCGAGCAGGGGUGACAUCUCCUCUGGUCUUGGGGGCUGUUGGGGGAAAGAGGACUCCUGAGGGAACAUACCUGAGGGAUGAUAUCCCGGACUUUGUGGGUUCCCCCAGAGAGCUGACGCCGAGCUUCAGGGGCACACCGCCUCCUCUUCCUCCAACCACCUACAGGUCCAUCAUGUCUUCCCCCGGGCCCGGCUCUGGCAGCAGCCCUUCAUCUCCAGCUCGUCCCACCACUCCUCAGUCUCGGGGCAGUCCAGUCCCACCACCUCCUCCUCCACGACCGUCGUCACGACCAAAGCUGCCACCGGGGAAACCAAUCACAGACCUGUCUCGGCCCUUCAGUCCACCGGUGUCAGGCAGCCCUCCACCUUUUGCCCCCCUGGCCCGUGCGGAGAGCUCCUCCUCCAUCUCGUCCAUCACCAUGCACAGUGCAGCAUCCACUCCAACCUUAGGGAAGGAGCUGAACACGCCCACCACAGGAUGCUCUAGAGGGCCCAGUCCACUCACCAUGGGACCUCAGGACACUCUGCCUGUGGCUGCAGCCUUCACAGAAACCAUCAACGCCUACUUCAAAGGCGCAGACCCCAGCAAAUGUGUUGUGAAGAUCACAGGGGAGAUGGUGCUGUCUUUCCCCGCGGGAAUUACCCGACAUUUUUCCAGCCACCCGACUCAACCCAUCCUCACUUUCUGCAUCAGCAACUACAACCGACUGGAGCAGGUCCUCCCAAACCCACAGCUACUGUGCUGUGAUUCCACAGUGGACAGUGCAGAGACAAAGGAGUUCUGGGUAAAUAUGCCAAACCUGAUGAGCCAUCUGAAAAAAGUAGCUGAACAGAAGCCUCAGGCGACGUACUACAACGUGGACAUGAUCAAAUAUCAGGUGUCAGCGGAGGGGAUCCAGUCCACUCCUCUGAACCUGGCGUUGAGUUGGCGAGGUGAUACCAACAGCACAGACCUUAGAAUAGACUACAAAUACAACACAGAAGCCAUGGCCGCCCCCGUGCCCCUGCACGACCUCCAAUUCCUGGUUCCCGUGGAUGGAGGCAUGGCCAUGGUCCAGACCAUGAUACCCCCCGCCAACUGGAAUCCAGAGCAGCAGACAAUACAGUGGAAAAUCCCCAGUCUCUCUCAUAGAUCAGAUAAUGGAGGAGUUGGGGCUCUUCUUGGCAGGUUUCAGAUGGCCGAUGGUUCUUAUAAACCCUCUCAACUUUCGGUCCAGUUCACCAGUGAAGGCAGCACUCUGUCAGGGUGUGACAUCCAGCUGGUUGGGACAGGCUACCGGCUGUCACUGAUCAAAAAGAGGUUUGCUGCAGGGAAAUAUUUGGCGGAUAAUUAGUGGACCUGUUUGUGAAUGGAACCAAAAGAAUCAAUGGCUCGUGACUGUGAAGACUGCAGAUCCAUCCCAUGUUUAGUGCAUUUGAAACUUUAUCUUUAGCAGCCAUUAGAGGUGAUGAUUGAGAUUUAUCAGAUCAACAGAAAACACUCACACACACAGUUAAUAUCAUAUUCAGUAGAGUGGUUGCUGCUGAGUUUAUGCAAGUAAAUACAAGUCGUUACUUUGUGCACUUGGAACACUUAAUGGGCUUUACAUGGAGUAAAAAUAUAAGGAAACUCUGAUUAUUUGUUCUCGUUGACAUAUUUGUGGAUUCAUUCAGUGAUCCAGCCUUAUUCAUUGCAAUUUCUUUUGUCUUACCUGUUGUUAUUGCAAAUGCACUGUAAAAAAGAAAAUGUGAAUAGAGUAUAUAAAAUCAAAACAAUCUCAAACAAGGUGGAAAAGAAUGGAAAAUAAAAAAACGUAUAGUAUAGGGUUACUUUGCUGCUUUAUUCUAAUAGGUUUAGGUUUUAUGGUCAUAUCUGAUUUACACUGCCACAUCCACCAUGUGAGACCAGUCUUAAAAACUUUCUGAAUACAAGUUAUGUUGUUGUGUGGACAGCCUUUGAAGUGUCACAUUCUUUUAGUCAUCUGAUUAAAGGUGACUGGUAUGUUCUCUGUUCUAAAGGACCUGCAGCACUGGAAUUACAUCAGCUCUCUUGAUCUGAAGGUGCUUUUAUAUGGAAUUAUAAUCUAGCCUCAACCCUGAUUGAAUUUGGAGCACAGUCAAACUCAUUUUAAAGUACUAUGAUUAUAUUUUGUAGAUAAAUUAUGAUCCCACAAAGAAUACUUUACUUUUUUUUUCCAUAAUAAGAUAUUUUGCCAAGUUUUGUUUGCAACAUCUAAAAUUUAAUUUUCAAAUAAAGUUUAAAAUGAACACAUUUUUUAAAUUAAUAUUGAUAGUUUUCACUGAAAUUGUUAUAAUGGCAUUGAUCUAAGAGGGAACAGACAGCUUUUAUAAUCAAAAAGCUUUAAAAGAUAGAUCCACCGACGAGCUCAAACCUGCCCCACAGCAAACAAAGAUUCAAGCUAACAGUGAAAGCUGCUGUUGGUAGUCGCAGAGUAAACAUCUGUUCAGAGAGAGGGACUGCGAAUGUCAACACUAUCCCUCCCAACACAGAUUGGCAUGUGCAGUCAUGAUAGUGCAGGACUCGUGACCAAUCGGAGGACGUAGUAGGGGCCGCCCCUUAACCAAUCAGGACAGAGGAUUGGAGAUUAGCUCUGAUUGGUCCGUCAUAACGGGAACGAGGGGAAUAAUAACAUUGCUUGAUACAAAGGCAUUGGAAAACGCAGAGAUUUCGCAAUAGUCUCAAAUUACUCCACUUACCGAUGAGUACCGUUUGGCAUUAUGACCUUUUGUCCAAACCCAGCAGAAAAAAAGCAACGUUUUUUACACCAUUCUUUCCAACAGCAGCUUUAACAUGCUAAUAUUAUGGAGUUUAUGCUAGAUCUGCCAUUUGGUGUUGACGUCAUCAAAUAACUUUCUUUCUACUAGGGCUGGACAAUACGGUUAUUCACAGCUGUAGCAUAUUGUUUGUAUGGAGUGGCUAAAGUAACGCUAAUUAUACCUUGCAAAAUUGAAAAAUAAUGUAAUAUAUUUUUGUGCUAGGAGAGCUAACAUUAAUAAGGUAGCCAAAUAGCUUGAAUAGAUGCUGCUUAUCCAGCAGGUGUUAGCUAGCUAACUAGCUAGCUAGGGUUAUAUCAAGACAACUUAUCUGCAAGCUAACUGAGUAAAGACAUACUUAAAAAAGGACCUCCACUAAACCAUGUACGCAACUAAAAUGUAAUUGUUUUUUAUAUAUUAUUCAGCUUCUAAAACUACCCACAGAAAAGAUUUGUAUGCCUAUGUUACAUUGUGUUAGUGCCAGCAAACAUGCUAAUACAUUGACAAUACACGUGAACUUGUGUAAUUUGCUCAAAUUCAAUGAGCUUCAAUUCUACUGAAUUUAUCUCCAAAAUAUAAUCUUUGUGCUUUUUUGGUGCUCAGAUUUUUCCCAUCAUGCAAUCAGGAUUGAAGCACAUAUAAUGCCAAACUUUUUCACGGGCAUUUACCACUAAUCUAAUGACAUUUUGUCAUUAACGGGUGGUGUGGACAGAGAGUUGGAACUGAAUUUGACCUGUUAAUGAGCAAAAUCAUAACACUAUCACCAUGGCCAUGUGCAAUGCUAAGACACAUCUAUUUUCUGGCUUUACAGUGAUAUUUGUGGGGAUGUGUGAAGGGUCCAAAUUUGAAUGUUGCGAUACUCAUGUGACCAACAGAAGCUGCUAACUUCAGUGGAACCAAUAAUUUAAUCUGUAAAUUUUACAGAAAUGAAGUUUUAAGGGCCUUAAGGUGUGAGAGGUAUACAGAUCCAGAUGUGAGUGCCAUAUGGUGGUGAAUAGGAGCUUUAAGUUUCGGGAGAGAUGUAGACGGGACCUGGACUGAAGGAUUGUCAGAGUUGCCUUUGAUGCUGCUUGAAAGUUGGCUAAUUCCUUCGAUUAUGAUCUAUAAUAGAGGUGUUGUAGAGUAUUAAAGAGGACAUCACAGAGUUAUGAAAAGAAAAGUCUAUCAAAAAACAGCACUAUCCCUGUCGCUGUUUCAUUUUCUUCCUUUUCCACCAUGUUGAAUAAAUGUUUUAUCAUUUUCUAAUAGCAAUAUUUAAAAACUUAAGUGUAAAAAGUGUACAUAAACAAAGCUAUGUUUCAAAUAUUUCUCUGGGCAUCUGGAUGUGUCUGUGGUUGUCUCUUGGUUUAUUGAUGUCAGCACUCAUAAUGCAUUAGUAAUAACAUCACCACUCUUCAUCUUUGUUUUAACAUGUGGGUUUCUUGUAAAAAAAAAUGUUACUGUUGAUGAAAAACUCCAAACGGUGCCGCAUGAAAUCUGCAUUUGUCCAUCACAGGUCUUAUCAAUGCAAUAUCAAUUCAUCCAUUUCAAUACGGUCAUGAUUUGUGUGUUAAUGUAUAACUGUGCUAUGAGAGGAGAAUUUCUGCCUUCACUUUAACCUCCACUCUCUGUUUUUGCUGUUGUUGCACCUUCAGAAACCCAUUGUCAAUACAUUUGGCAUGUAUGCAUCGAUAUUCCCAUACCAUGCAUCUGAUAUAGGUGUUAAACAUUCUCCUGUGUUUGACUUGCACUCAAAACACACCUUAAAUUUUUAUCAAUAAAAUAGUUCAUGGCUGCACACAUGUUGAACAUCACAUUUCAUAAAAUGUUUUAAUGUGUUGACUCACAGAUGUAACGUCUUGUUAAGUUCUUGGAAAAGUAAAUGAGAACAUUUUUUUUUUGUUAGAAAGAAGAACAAAGUUUCUGUUUAUAAUGCUUAUCUUUUUCUUUGCCUUAUUUUUGAGCAAACACUUAGACCUCUGAUAUUGGAGGGUUUCUCUAAGUUUAUUUUUCUGUAAGUUUAUUUUUUCUACUGCAUUUUGGCUGUAUUCCUUUCACUGCGUUAGACACAGAAUAUGCAAACAUUUCAUGUAAAUUUCCCAUCCAAAGAUUUUGAAAGUGAAUAUAUGAAAAAAGUAAAUAUAAUGUAAUACCUGUUUUACUUGGUAAUAAAGAAGAGGAAAUAUAA